CACGCUUUUCGAAAAUAAACAACUUGCAACAAAACCGCGGUUAAAACUAAGGCGUUCAAGCGACUCGAGUAACUGGCGUCAUCAACCCCUAUCAUCUUGAGCCAUAUUAUAACCGCGGUAAAUAACAUAGAAAUUUUUAUUAUUCGCUUGGAUUUGAUUUGUUUUUCACUCAAAAAUACACCAGUAUCGUAGAAACUUCGAACUGAUGGCCUCUAAAGAACGAGAAAAACAUACACCCAACUCUAGUUGCUUCUUUGAAGUUAUCUAAUAUCAAAACUUAUAGACCCUGGUCGCUUGGGAUACCAAAUAAAUAUGGACAGCAAACAUUGGUCAUGGAUAAAUGUUGUCACAGCUUGACGGUUUCCGCAUGGUAUGUGGCAACACCGCGCCGAUCACCUUCCGUUCGCGGAUUCACAUUCAGUGACAGGACGGACGACACGACGUCGCCGUCGUUCAAAGUCAACUUUUGAACUCCACGUAACGUCGAAUCGGCGAACACGAAUGUGAGCACUUACACGUAAGUGUCAGAAACUCAUUUUUAUUUUCGUUCGUGAAUGUUCGCAUGGUCUAAGCUGAUAACCAAAGUGCGUCUACUCCGCGCAACUAUAUAAACAAACUUUGCCGAUUUGGUGGGUCAGUCUUUUGCGAACUUGAUAUCGCGCGAAAAUAUUCGGCCGCGCUCCGAUCAAAUCGUAGUGGACACCCCGCUGGAUUACUAGUGGAUAACGGACCCAAAUUGGAUUUUUCUCACAGAUAACAGGGGGUCAUAGUAAAACUGGAGAGUGGUUUUUGGCUUGAGAGUGAUACGCUCCCGACCUGCUGCAGAAACAAUGCAUGAGAAUACGUGCAGUGAAACGGUUACUCCGAGUUACUCAGAGUAACUCAACAAGGCAAAGAGCUCCCAAGAAAAGAUGGCGCCGAAGACCUCAAUUCCCACAGGCGUUCUACACGAGCAAGAUGAUGAAGUCAUAUUAAACCAGAUACCUCCAGAAGUUGUCAAACCCAGUGAAAGAAAAGUGGAACUAGUCUGGAGGAACAUCAUUCUGUUCGGUUACCUUCAUCUGGUAGCUGUUUACGGGCUCUACAGAAUGUUCACAUCUGCCAAAUUGUACACUUCCAUCCUGGCUUACGUAUUAUACCACCUAGCAGGAUUAGGAAUAACAGCAGGAGCACACAGACUUUGGUCACAUCGGUCAUACAAAGCAACAUGGCCUUUGAGGGUAAUACUCGUUCUCUGCAACACUCUAGCUUUCGAAAAUUCUGUAAUGGAAUGGGCCCGAGAUCACAGGGUGCACCACAAAUACAGCGAAACAGAUGCAGAUCCACAUAACGCGAAGAGGGGAUUCUUCUUUUCGCAUGUAGGAUGGCUUCUGUGCCGUAAACAUCCUGAAGUUAAAGAAAAAGGAAAAGGUAUCGAGCUUUCGGAUCUGGAAGCAGACCCAGUCGUCGUCUUCCAACACAAUUACUACAUGAUCCUCAUGCCACUUGUGUGCUUCAUACUGCCCACCAUGGCUCCCAUGUACCUCUGGAACGAGACCUUUGUGGACGCAUUUACUGUCAACAUCUUCAGAUACGUGUUCACUCUGAACGCCACCUGGUUGGUCAACUCAGCCGCCCAUCUAUUUGGAUCUAAACCAUACGACAGGUACAUCAACCCAUCUGAAAACAUCACUGUAGCAGUCCUGGCCUUGGGCGAAGGUUGGCACAACUACCACCACACAUUCCCAUGGGACUACAAGACCUCCGAACUGGGCGGUUACAGCUUCAACUUCUCGUCAGCAUUCAUCGAUUUCUUCGCCAAGUUCGGCUGGGCGUACGACAUGAAAACUGUGUCCGUGGACAUGAUCAAGAGGAGGGUACAGCGUACAGGGGAUGGGACUCACGAUGUUUGGGGAUGGGGAGAUAAGGAUCAGCCUAAGGAAGACUACAACGAAGCAACCGUUCUCAACAAGAGACACGAGUAAAGGGGGGUGACAUCAUCUGUGUGCAGAAGUUCUGGCAACUGAACAUGAUAGAUGCAAGGUAGUCGUCCCGUAGAUUUAGAUGAAGCCCCUGUUGGGAAAAUAUGUUUUACCGACCAUAACAUGCUUAGCAGAUAUAACAUGCAUGUUUCCGAUAUUGUUUCAUUCUUUAUGCUACUUACUUAUUUGCUUCUAGUUCACACAUAGCACAAACUGUACAUUGGACCUCAGAAAACUUCAAAAUGUUGCAAUUAACAAAAACUGAUAGGACACACUUGUUAAAAAAAUUUCAUUUGCAAUUGAGCAAGAAAUAGUGCAAUUUAUCACCAAAAAAAUAUGUUAUCACUGCAUAAGCAUUGUUAUUCCAGGGACAUCAGGAGAUUAGGGAAAAUCUCACGUUUUCUAUUGUAGAUAUAGUGUGUAUUGAGACUGAUACCUUCCUUUACUUAUUGUAUGUUUGUUAUUAUAUACAGGGUGACUAUAUUUUGUUUUUAUUGGAAAAUGUUUCUUGAGCUUGUGAUUCCAUAAAAAUACCUUUAUCUCGUAUAAAUAUCUUAUAUAAUACGAUAGAGCUCAUCUAAAUAAAUCCUGGAACAGAGAUUUUGUUUAAAUUAUACCAGUCUCCCCGAAUAGAAUAUUUUAUGUUACGUUCAAAUAAACAGUUUAUUAGUUUUGCUCUGGGUAGUAUUUAUUUUAUUAUUCCUUGCAAUUUUGUCCCAUAUUCAAUGAAACCCAUUGAUUGCGUUGCAAAUGUUUAACCUUUUAUGCAUCAAGUUUGUUUUUCUAAAUACAACAAAAAAUACAUAGUAUCAAAAAAUAUUGCGAUUGUAAUGGAUAUGAGACGAAUUUAAGACCUUACCCUAACGUUUCUUAAUGCUUGUAUUGUCGACAAUUUUUUGAGCUUAGGCUAUCCUUGGAUAAAACAAGGUGCCAGCACAAGGUGGCUUUUUUCAAACCUGGUAAACAUUUUUCAAAAAGAAAAUGAUGCAGUUUCACCUUAUAUAAAUUUUGGAGAAUUUUCUUUUAGACCGCCUUGUAUACUGUCUAACUGUAUACUUGGAGUAUUUUUGUAAAAAUGGGUUAUGAAUACAAACUGUGAAUAUAGUUGUAUACCUUUGUUUUUUGUAGGUAAGAUAAGAUAGUUCCAAAUGCAAUUUCGUUCGCUUUACUACUACAAAAAUCAUGGAAAAAUCUGCCUGGUGGAUUAGCAAAUCUACGUUUUUGGAUACAUAACUAGGACACGAUUCAAAGCAUAAAUAAAAAAACAUAAGAUCGACAAUAUGUGUCUGUACCAUUUAAAGCUAUCUUAUUUUACAGUAGAUUUAAGAUAGCGUGCAUAAAAAUUCACAAGAAUCAGUUUUUGUCAAGUAUAUUUCUGCUUUUUGGAAAAACAAGUCAAAACUAGUGAUAACAAAAGAGCUAAGAAUGUAUGUAACUUAUUGCCAAAACUCUUGUCACUAACAAUAAGUUCUGGGUUGAUUCUUGUGAAGCAUAACAAGAAAUACAAGGUGUCUAUAUCAAUAACACAAACGGGUGUAGAUAAACUUGGAUAUUUCAAAUAUACUACGAUGCAUGACAGAUAGUUGAGUUAUAACUUACCUUCACAGAUAAAAGUAACUCAAAAAUUUGUAUAUGCUUAGUAUCGGUGAUAUUUAGCUCAUAAACACGUGUGUAUAAUAUAGGUAGGAUUACUUUGUCAGUAGUUGUAGUGUUCUUUUCGCUGAUCCUUAGGUUCUCUUAAAAUUCAGAACCGUCUAUGAGUUGUAAUUUAUUGUAGAGCACAGGUUAUGAGGAGAUACCAUAUUGAAAUGAUAUAAAUGUUUACUGUUUAGUACGUUGUUACAAAUAAAAUCAUAUUUUUAGUAAAUACUGG